CACAAUUCACAUUUGCAUCUAAUAAAGCGAAAGGCAAGGAAAAUAUGUAUGGAGUGUGGAGCCCACAGCCCCACUCUUUUACACCAACGCCCAAGAAAUCUGCACGCCAUUGCAUGUAAAAACCAAUAAAAAAAACUUGAAAAUUUUGAAAAUUUUCAUUUCACAACUCACCUUUCUCAUUCCAAAGCUGUAAAUCAGUAUACACCACCGCAAUCCUCACAACCUUCUUUCUUUCUUUUUCUAAUGGCUUUUGCCGCUCAGCUUUCACACGACCACCACCUUCUCUCUUUAUUCCUUCACCCAUUCCAACGCCAACUACAACAUUCUCUCUGUAUCAGAAACCGCAACUCUCGUGAUUACUACUAGUGUUUCGUCUCUGUUUGUUUGUGAGUAUGGGCUAUCUUUCUUGCAAUGCGGAGUCUGCAAUCUCCACCUGUGAUUCUCACAAUUGGAAUUUUUCAACGAAAAGCAAAUCCAGACGCAAAAGCUGCGAACCAGUCAAGAUUAGAGAGUUCUCGUACAAUGAACUCGUCACCGCCACGAAUGAUUUCUCUGCAGAGAAUUUUCUCGGGAAAGGCAGCCAUGGAAGCGUCUACAGAGCAGUCCUCGACGGUGGAAAGCUCAUUGCCGCAGUCAAGAAGACGGUGUCUGCAGCUAAUUUUCAAAACAGUUCUAAUUCUAGCAAUAGUCCUGCAGAUAACGAGAUUGAGAUUCUGUCCAGAGUCCGAAACCCUUGCCUUGUGAAUCUGAUCGGCUUUUGCAGUGAAAUCAAAGACAAAAAGCUCAUCGUCGUUGAGUAUAUGCCAAAUGGUUCUUUAUACGAUUUGCUUCACUCGAGCUCAACCCCGCCGGCUUGGAGCCGGCGAGUCCUGUUCGCGUUACAGUUAGCGAAAGCGAUUCAAUUUCUGCACUCAUCGAAUCCUCCAGUGAUUCACAGAGAUAUUAAGUCCUCAAAUGUGUUAAUCGAUAGGCAUUGGAACACGAGGCUCGGCGAUUUCGGUUUGGCUUUGAGAGGACACGUGGAGGACGUGCUCGUGAAGUGCACACCACCGGCGGGGACGUUAGGGUACCUUGACCCUGGCUAUCUUGCCCCAGGGGAUCUCAGUACCAAAAGCGACGUUUUCAGUUUCGGAAUCUUGUUAUUGGAGAUCAUCAGUGGAAGGAAUGCGAUCGAUUUUAACUACAGUCCGCCAUCAGUUGUUGAUUGGGCGGUGCCAUUGAUCAAGCAAGGAAACUUCACCGGAAUCCUCGACGAACGAAUCAGAUCGCCGGCAGAUCCCGCCGUUGUGCGUAAACUCGCCGUUUUGGCUGCUCGUUGCGUGAGAUCAACGGCGGAUAAGCGUCCGAAUAUGGCGGAGGUGGUUGAGUAUUUGAAAGUCAUUAACAAAAGAGCUCGCGCGCCGCCGAUCUGGAACCACUGCAGGCGGCACGGGGGGACAAUUCCGCCGGCUGUUGCGUUCGAUGCGGUUGACCGGAGCGAAGAGGUUGUGAAGGUAGCCAGACUCGGUAGCAGGAGAACCGGGAAGGUAUCCAAUGUUUCGAGUGUAGAAUACAUUGGUAAUGAAGCAACCACUUUUGCGAGUGAUCGGGUAACCCGAUCGAAGUCCACUGGCUCUUUUAAACCGGGUUCGGAUUCAAGUUCACAAAAAAGAAGGACCGGGGUGACAGUUAUCAGCCGUGUGAGGCUUAACAAGUCCAGAUCUACCGGGUUGUUACAGGGACCACGGGUUCGGGUUGUGAACUCUAACCAUAAAUCGUUUGAGCCAAGGAGGAUUGAGAAUUCAACGGAAACUGACAUGUCAACAAGUAUGAAAAGGAUGCAGGAGAAGCCAUUGUUUUCAAACUGAACUGCCUUUGGAAAUCAACUCUAGAGAAUCUUUCAGAGUUGCACCAACAUCUAUUGAUUGCUUUUGUUUUGUGUACUGUAUUGUGACAAGUUGAAUUUGGCAAUGUCAAACUCAAUAUAUUAAUUUGUCUUGUCUUUACUAAUAAAUACUAGAAAAAAGAAGAUUUACCUA